CGUAAAAUGGGAUAAAAACUAUCUAACUUCAGUCACACAAAUGUCAAGCUCUGCUGUUCAAACCUCGCAACGCAAGCGAAGGCGCGAACCCGCCGACGUUGACGGCGACCAGGCGACCGCUGCGUCUCAGUCAGCAACAGUAGCCUCAUCAUCGUCAUCGUCAUCGUCAUCGUCAUCAGCGGCUGGAAAGCCGAGCGCUGCGGAUGCGUCGUCGGCGCUGCCCGUCCUCAAGCUCGCCCGCGCACUCGAAGACCCGGCUCCGCUCACUGCCGAGCUCAACGGCCGCAUCGUCAAGGAAGACGCCGAUGGCAACCCGCUGAUUCGCGUCUACGCGGACGGCAUUUUCGAUCUCUUCCACUCGGGCCACGCGAAAAUGUUGAUGCAGGCCAAGAAGCUCUUCCCGAACACGUACCUGAUCGUUGGCGUCUGCAAUGACGAAAUGACGCAUCGACUCAAGGGAAACACGGUGCUUUCCGAAGACGAGCGCUACGAAGGCGUGCGGCACUGCCGUUAUGUCGACCAAGUGCUCGAAAAUGCGCCCUGGGUCAUCACCAAAGAGUUCCUCGACGAGCACCAAAUUGAUUUUGUCGCUCACGACGAUCUGCCGUACGCAUCCGCCACGAGCGACGACGUCUACCGUCCCAUCAAAGAGAUGGGCAAGUUCAGGGCCACGCAGCGCACGGAGGGCAUCUCCACGUCAGAUAUCAUCACUCGCCUGGUGAAGGAUUAUGACAAGUACGUCCGCCGAAACCUUGCGCGCGGUUAUACUGCCAAAGAACUGAACGUCGGCUUUGUCAAGAGGCGCCAGUAUCAGCUUGAUGCGUUGAAGGAGAAAGUGGACAAGUCCGUCAAGCGCAUCGAAGAAAAGUCGCAAGAGCUGCUGACGAAAUGGGAAGACAAGUCGAGCGAGUUGAUUUCCGACUUUUUGGGCAUCUUCCAGUCCGGCAAGCAGAUUGUACAGCGUCGAUCGGCUGGUAUCGGGUUUUUGAUUGGCUCGCGAUCGCCAUCUCCUGGACAAGACACUGGCACAGAGAUGGAGGUGGAUCCGAGCGACACGUCUGCUGCUGACAAUGACAGCGAAUCCGCCAGCGAUGUCUCUGAUGAAGAAGAGGCGGAUGAGGAUCAAGAUGAGGACGAAGAGGAAGAGACGGACGAGCAGCCAAAAGCGCGUCGCCCGAUUCGGAAGCGGCGCUAAAGCUCAAACUGCUCGACUAGUUGCUCUCUUUCUCUCUCGAGUUUUCCUGAUUUUAUGCGUGCUACUUGCCUCAGUUGUUUCUUUGGGUUCAAUGGUUGUAUGCACAGGUGCUUUGCUUUGGUUUUCAAUCAUCACGUUUCGAAACAAGAAAAAAAACCCCAACCAACCAACCAAACAAACAAACAAACAAACAAAAAAAAAAAAAAACCAA